GUAAAAAAAAAACAAAUUAACGUUAAUGAAAAAAUAAAUUGCAUAAUGUCGUCACAUUUUUCAGCCAAUCAAUUUGAUAGCGAAUAUCGCCCUCAUCGUUUAGGAAAUUGGGAAGUUCCUAAAGCAUAUCCAAAUCGCCCCGAAUCAAGAAAAGGUUGUACAACUGUAAUCGCAAACGAUCGUGGACAUUUACUUCCUACAGUACCAAGACCAAAUACAAGUCCUUGGGGAGAGUAUCGGAAUACAUGGCAAUUACCUGAUAAAAUAACAAGGGAAGUAGCUAAUCAAUUAAGUUCGCCCCAGCGAGGAGGCUCUCGAUGGAAAAGACCUGUAAGUUUUUUUGAUUAUUUUAAACCGCUCGGUUCACAAAUCCUUCUUUCUUAUUCAAGUCAAAGUGUACCAAAAAUAAACCAUGUGUCUCUGAUGCAAAUCCAGAUUUUUGUAUUCAAGGAACUCAACAUUCAAUUAUUCAGAACAACGGACAACCAAGUCAAGUAUGCUAUUUUAAUCCAUAUUCUAUCUCCAUUGGACUAUUUACCCGGCGAUAUCACAAAACCCGCUGAACAACAUUCAACUCGUCAAUUACUUGUACGUGAGAAACAACAAAAAGCUCUCGGAAAAAUUCCUAACUUUGAAUUAAAUCAACUGUAUACAGAGAAACACAAUUGUAUAGAUGAUAUAGCGCUUUUGCAAGAAAAGAAAAACUACGAGAAUCAAGAUGCUUCGCAUAUUUUAGGAACGGGCGUGCCAGAUAAUUUAGAAGCAUUACAAACAAGUGCACCUUUUGAGACAGAAAUUGGAAAAGAAGAAGAAGAUAAACACGAAUCAAGGAUGAGAAUUGAAAGACCCGUAGCAGAGAAGCCAACCGAACGAAAUGUUCCCGAGCCAAUUGUCCCAGCAUAUUGUAAUUUUUUAACAGCGCGAAAGAUGGCUCAAGAAAAUUUGGAGCACGAACCUUUGCCAGAUGCUGUAAUGGAUAUUGCUUAUAGAAAACUUCUCUCUAAAGGACAACAAUAUCCAGGUCUAGCAUUACACGUGAAUCCCAUGGCUACAGGCGUUGCAUGCAAAAAUUACAAAGCAGGACCCACUCAAUGCACUAAAUUGAGAGUUUAUCGACCAAAAACUUGUGGCGUUGUUCCUCCUAUUUUAGACAAAAACUAUAAUCGACCUCUUUCAUCAUUUCUCACAAAAGAAAAGUUAGGAUCUAUGGAUUUGGCAAUUGGAUGGGAUUAUCGUCCAAAAGAUCCACGUGAUGAACCAAAGAAACCAAAACAUAUUGAUGGAAGCAAUGGUUCAGCUGCGCCCGCUGUUUUCACUCUUGUAAAGCCUGCUCAAGGCGAAGAAGGAGAAGUAGGGCGCUCAGAAGGCGUAUUCAACAACACAUUGGGAGAAAUCGAUUUCUUUGAUCGAGAUAUUGUACGUCAAUAUAAAGAACAUCGAAAAAAGUAUGAUAAGAACAAAAAAUGUGACUGUUCUCAUAGUAGUAAUGUUAAAAACAAGAGUUAUGGAUUGCAAGAUAUAAAAAUGAAAAAUAAUCGACCAAGAACAUCAUCAAGCCAAAAGAUGAGACAAGAGUCGCAGUUGCUACAAAAAACUUAUGGAUUGCAAGACAUUGAAGUUCGACCAAAAACUUCUUCUUCUCAAAAAUGCAUAAAAGAGAUGAACUUUCUUCCUGUAAAUAGUUUACAAGAGCGUCGAUGCAAAAGUACAUCCAAUUUAUCUGAGCUCGUACAAGUAAGUGCUUCUUGUUCAUCAAAAGACAAUGAGACUGUAUAUCAAUAUCAUCAACGUCAUCAUUGCAAUAAGAAAGAAGAAGAGCCUCCACGUUUGUUCUGCCCUAAACACGAAAAGGGACAUCAUUUGUACCAUAAUCGUCGUCGUUACCGUUCAACAGAGCCCUUAAAUGUAGAUGCCGACACACAAAUGCAACAAUUGAAACAGCAAACAGAACAUUCAAAGUCAUUGGCAGACUUUAAGGAAAUGAAUAAAACACAGCGAAUGUGUCAGCAAGAUAACAAUAUCCCAUAUUUGAAAGAACUUAAACGGGAGGAAUACAAAACAGCGUUUAAAGCAGGAAUUCCAAAAAGCAAUUCAUCGGGUACUUGUACGAGUUUCGACAGCGGUAUCGAUAUGGUUUCCAACUCUAGUAGUAUUCCAUGCAUAAAAACAGCGUUGAAAAUUCCGAAACCACGAAAUCCUUUUGCAAAGAAGAAUUACUCAAUUAGCACGUUGAAUCCCCCGUUUGCUUGUUUCAAGGGAGGCGCUGGACAAGGAGGGUAUCCAGAGCAUUGGCGUCUUGCAAGUGUUUAUCAACAUGCUUAUAAACCCAUUGAGUACAGGAAGAGACCUUUGCUUCAAACGGUAUUUCAAUAA